AUGUGUGACCGGGAGCGCGCGAGCAAUGACACUUCGCGGGACCACCACGGCCACCUGCGGCACGAGUACGAGGCUCUCGGGCCGCAGAAGUUCUACGAGACGCACGGCAGCACGUACAGGAAUCCGCACGAGGAGGCGAUCCGCGCCGCGCUGCAGCAGGCCGUCGCCACCUGGGCGCCGCGCAUGGACACUGUGCUCGACCUCGCGUGCGGCAGCGGGGAAGCCACGCUCGCGCUAGAGCAGCUCGGCGCCGCGCAUGUCGAUGGCAUGGAUCCGUACACGUGCGAGGCGUACCGGGCGCGCACGGGGCGGCCCUGCGAGGCGCUGUCGUUCGAGGAUGUCGGGAGGGGGGAGUUGGACGCGAGAGACCCCUGGGACCUGUGCGUGUGCUCGUUCGCGCUGCACCUGCUGGACGAAAGCUGGCUGCCCGCGACUUGCUCGCAGCUGGCCCUCAAGGCGCGCAGGUUGCUCAUACUGUCGCCGCACAAGCGGCCGCACAUUCGGAAGGAGUGGGGGUGGGAGGAGCUGGGCGCCCUGGCGACCAGCUGCGGUCACCACCGCGUCAAAGCGCGGUUGUUUGCGUCCCUGUACAUAUAA